AUGCCAUCCAAUCAUCAUUCUUCGGAGUCGACACCGCUCCUCCACAACAUCCUGCCUUCACACAUCCAUCCUGACGGCGAGAGUGGACGCUCUGGUUUCCAUCCCUCACAUUUCCUCAAUGUCGCGUGGAAGUCGGGGAGCAAGGCGGCGAAAUACGCCAACUUACUGUGGCCGUUCGUCAUCGUCGCCUUUGUGCUACACUAUGCCUUCCCUAGCCAGCCAAUCGCCGUUUUCGCAACCAGCUAUAUCGCGAUGGUACCUGUUGCGAAUCUUCUAGGAUUUGCCGGGCAGGAGUUUGCGCGCAAGAUGCCAAAGGUGUCGGGUAUCUUGAUUGAGACGGCAUUCGGAUCAAUUGUCGAGAUUAUUUUGUUCAUCAUCCUUAUUGCCAAACACCGGUCUCAGGAUGGAUCUUCCGAGCAUGGUAAUCUUAUUCCAGUCAUCCAGGCAGCCAUUCUCGGAUCGAUCAUCACGAAUCUGCUUUUGUGCUUGGGUCUGUGCUUCUUCGUUGGUGGACUCAGACAGGCAAGCCAGAAGUUCCACGCUUCGAUCAGUGAGGUGGGAAGUGGAUUGCUUUUGGUAGCGGGUUUUGGCCUACUGAUUCCGAGCGCGUAUUAUUCCGCGCUCAAAGGCUCAGCCGUCGAGAAGGCGACCAAGCACCACGAAUUUACUGAGAAGUUGCUGCAGCACAAUGUUCUGCGAAUCAGUCAGAUCACAUCUAUCCUCCUCAUCAUUGCUUUCUGCAUCUUCAUCUGGUACAAUGCCCGCUCUCAGCACUCCAUCUUCGACGAAGUGCUCGAGGCCGACGAGCACGCCGAUCUGGAUCGACACGACGACUUGGCCAAGCCGAAAUUUACAUUCACCGAAUGCAUCAUUGCACUAGUACUCUCGCUCGCUAUCGUCACGCUCCUUGCUUAUUUCCUCGUCGAGCGCAUUGAAGAUGUCGUAGAGUCUGGCAUUCCCGAUCAAUUCCUCGGCUUGAUCAUGCUCCCGCUCGUUGAGAAAGCAGCUGAGCAUUUGACUGCUAUUGACGAAGCUUGGGAUGGACAAAUUAACUUCGCGCUUUUCCACUGUGUCGGUCCGUCCAUCCAAACCGCACUUUUCAACGCUCCUCUCGUCGUCAUCGUUGGCUGGGCUAUGGGCAAAGACAUGGACCUUAACUUUGAGAUCUUCAUGAUUGUGCUGCUCGUGCUGUCAAUCGUGGUCGUCGGCAAUUUCUUGCGCGAUGGCGAGUCGAACUAUCUUGAGGGCGCACUCCUAGUUAUCGUUUACCUUAUCAUUGCUGUUGCGGCUUGGUACUACCCUAACCCAGAUGUCGCGACAUCUAACGGCAUCGAAGGCAUGGCGGCGAAACUUCGCUAG